UCUUGCCAUUGAGAAUCCACGUUUUUCACUUCAAUUUUUCGAAGCGUUUCGAAGAUUCGCGACCAGAGGUGUCGCGGCGGUUUCGCUCUCAAAUUUGACUCCAAAAUUUGUUUACAUGGUUUUUUUCCGGGAGGUUUUAGCUGUCAAAUAGCCCCCGUGGCUAUUUUUUGUUUUGGAGGAGAGGGUUUGAACCCACUUAAAGCCGAAAUUAGUUUCUUACUUUUGCUUUCUUGUUUUGAACAUGGCUUUUCCAGUUCGUUGUCUCAACAUCGACAUCAGCUUAUGGAGGGCGUUGAGGAGGCGAGAAACGAAAAUACAGACGGGCUAAACACCCAACCUCCUGACAACGGCCAAGCCAGCUAUCCCCAGCCCGGACUGGCUACUUAUGCCCAAGGAAGCACUGUUCCAAACGGACAUGGCGUUCAACAAGUUAUCGAGAACAGACCUGAAAUCCAAAACGAAACACAUGUUGGACUAGGAGAUGAUCGUGGACACCUUUCCAUCUCUAAUGUACCAGGUGGCGUUCAAGUCGCAGUUGUACCAGCCACAGAUGAUGUUGGAGUCGUAGAUGGAAGUUUGACAAGCGCCUCGGCAGUAGAUCGAGGCGAAGAAACAACACAUACUGUUGUAACGGCAAUGCCCGGAGAUUAUGGAUUACCUGGUUCGUUACCGACUCAAUAUGUCAUUCAACACGAGGACCACGAGGGAGCUGAAGAUGCUGGUGUUCAUGAUGUGGACGGCGACGAGAAGGAGCGAGAGGAUAUUCUUAGAGAGCAGGAUCGGUUUCUACCAAUUGCAAAUGUGGCCAGAAUAAUGAAGAAGUCUAUUCCCAAGACAGGGAAGAUUGCAAAAGAUGCCAAAGAAUGUGUCCAGGAAUGUGUGUCAGAAUUCAUCAGCUUCAUAACCAGCGAGGCAAGUGAAAGAUGCCAUCAAGAAAAACGCAAGACAAUCAAUGGAGAAGAUAUUUUGUUUGCCAUGCAAACAUUAGGAUUCGAUAAUUACGUGGAACCUUUAAAGCUUUAUUUACAAAAGUACAGAGAAUCAAUCAAAGGGGAGAAGUCAACUGUUGGGUCUGAUGUAAGAGAAGGAGAGAUGGAAGAAGAGGAUCAUACUGUGCAUCAAUUUCAAGUAGCAGGAACACACCUCCAUCCUUCUAUGAUUGGAACAGACCAAACUCCAACAACAAUUUACAGCUCACCUCAAUUUCAGACAACGAUGCAGCAAUCUUUGCAUUUUCCAUGAUAUGAACACCCUAGACACCAUUUGACUUGCCCACUACAAAUGGAUAUAACAUAACAUGUACAUAGUCUAGUCUCCAAGGCAUAUAGUAGUUGGAAAUGUUUGUUAUCGCUCCCAGUCUAUCUUCAAACUAGAAUUUUUUUUGUAUACCCAUUUCCUUCAGUUAAGACCAGCUUGUUUGUCAGACUGCAAUCCAGCUAGCCUUCAGCUGAUGUUCAUAUGGGUUUUACCUUGACUAGUCUGGUUUGAAGGUGUACAGGUGAAACUUUUGCACAAGGGCCCAUUGAUAUGGCUUUGACAAAUCAGGUUGAGUCAGAUUCUGAAAUCUCACUUUGCCAGUCUUUCGUUGCUAAGAAGUUAGCAAAGGUAGAGCCUGAUUCCUGAUUCCUGAUUCCUGUUUUAUGCCCCAAUUUGAUAAAAUAUUCACACUUCAUAGAUAUAAAAUGGGAAAAUUCAAAUUCUCUCCUUAAAUCACGCUCACUUUUAACUGUAGAAUUCACACAUCACGUAUUGAGUUUGGUCCUUAGUCACGGGUCAUGCAUAAACCCUUUGCCAUCCUCUGCUAAAAUCUCCAAGUUUUUGCAGUAGGUGCGUUAUCCUAAAGCUUUGUUUUCCAGUCCCUGUUCUCGUAAAGCAGCCUGAAAUUCCCUGUAUGAAUGGGUAACAAGAUUUGCCCUCUUAACUAAUCUCUAGGGUUAUUGGGCUCAACUGAAGAGACUAAAAGAGGUAAAUGUUACAAAGAGAUUUAACAAGAGCUGGGCUCUCACAUGGUACGCAAGGGAAUUCGUGUUGACUUUGUAUUGUAACGAGGGUGUCUUGCAAAUCUUCUUAGAUGUAUCAGGGCUCGACACCAACUUUUCAACUUACUAGCCAAGUGGCUAGUAACAACUUAGAAUUCACGAAAAUUCCAGUUUGUUUACCAGCCAAACUGGCCAGUGGAAAUCGAAAACUACCAUCCAAAACUGAAUUUCUACUUUUCUGUGGCUUGUUGGCUACCACUAGUGUCGAGCCCAGUGUAUAUGUAGUGGUCUAAGAAUCUGUCUACUGUGGGUUCUGCUACUUUAGGUACUUGCUUUUCAAUAACUGUUCACGAAUGUCGCACUAUGGAAUGAACCAAACAGGGCAUGUAUGUUCAGGUGAUUUUAUCCUGUUAUGAUGUAAGUUGUAGCAUUCAACCAAAUCAUUGCUGGUUCUAAAUUUGUCGACUCAUUCAAGUUACUAUGGUAAACCCAGCCUUAUGUAUGAACGUGCUACUUCUCCUUGCUUGCAUCAAUACACUGUUAAGUGAAGAUGUGAUGAGAAUGUAGAUUAGAGAAUGUAGAUUACUGUCAACUGAAUGAGGUGUUCCUUACUUUCCGCUAUAUUCCCUUAACUUUUUCACAAGAUUUCAUAAGUAAUUCUCCUAACUGUCUGCUCUAUGAUUCUUAUGUUGGUUUUGAGAAUUUGGUAUUGGAUCAGGUAAUCGCUAAUUGCCAUUUUUCUUUAUUCUCAUCAUAUGUCUGCUUGAUGUUGUAUUGAUAGCGUAAGUAGAAAUGCAGUCUUGAUCAGUCAAGGGAAUGAAAUGGUUAACUGACAUGCAGGAUUUGUUUUUUGUUUUGUUUUGUUUUGUUUUGUUUUGUUUUUUUAGAUCUUGGGAACAAAAAUUUCUCAUUGCAUCAGUCCCUCCAAAAGUAAUUGUGUAAAUAAUUAUGAUAUAAAAAAAACUUAAGUACAAGAGAGAGAAGAUUUUAAACGAGUGUAUUUAUCUUUCAGUUUUGAUUUUAGUUCGGCUGCUUUAUAAAACUUGAGGUGGCCCGCGGAAAAGUUUUUUAGAAGUGUACCUCAGAGUGUGUAAAGGAUAGAGAUUAUUUGGUUGACUGUGAUUUUACUGUAGUUCUGUAGAACUUUUUCUUCGGUAACUAUUUCGAAAUAAACCAUACAAAGCAUAUACAUUUUA